AUGCCAUCGGUUCGAGUGAAUGCAAACGACGUUAGGGAAGUCGUUUCUCGUAUUCUUUUCGAGAGUGAAAUGGAUUCUCGAAACUUUGUACAAAGUAUUGAUCUUCAAAUUAAACCCAAAUAUCGACGAGAAAAAGUACAAAACGGUAAGGUUAAACUGCCACAUGUCGUGAGAUAUCAUUUUCGAGUAUGCAUUUUGGGAGAUCAUCAUCAUUGUCAGAAAGCGAAAGAAUUAGGAAUCGCAUUUCGUACCAUGGACGAUCUUGCUUGUUUGGACAUGAAUAAAGAGCGUAGGAAGCAAUUAGCACAAUCCUUUGAUGCCUUUUUAGCUUCUGCAUCGAUUAUUCGCAAGUUGGUUCGACUGUUGGUUCCUAUUUUCUCAAAACUUGGUAAAUUCCCAACUACAUUGCAUGAAAAUGAUCACAUUCCAAGCCGUGUGGAAGAAUUAAUGAGAAUUGUGACAUUUAAACAACACAAAGAAAUUGUUCUUUCACAACCAAUUGGUCAUGUCGAAAUGAACGAGACUCAUUUGGUGGAAAAUGUUAUGUUUGCAUUAUAUUUCUGUGCUUCAUUAAUGAGAAAAGGAUGGUCCGACUUUGAAUCCAUUCAUCUGAAAUCCACCAUGGGAAUCCCUCAAAAGUUGUUAUAA